CACAGCAAUGUUCCUGUCGCUGGUCUGGCCUGCGUCGGCCGCCGAGGCGCUGCGCGGCGUGUCCGCCGAGGCGCUGCGCGGCGUGUCCGCCGAUGCGCGCCCUUCCUUUAACGGCCCUACUUUCCGCUGCCGAGAUGGCGGCGCCGAGAUGCCCUCAGCUCGCGUCAACGAUGACUAUUGUGAUUGCCUCGAUGGUUCGGAUGAGCCGGGCACUUCGGCUUGCGCGCUCGGCGCCUUUUACUGCGCCAACGUCGGCUUCAAGCCUCGGGUCCUCCCGGCGUCGCGUGUCGACGACGGCAUCUGCGACUGCUGCGACGGCUCGGAUGAGAGCGUGGCCGGCACCUGCCAAGACGCGUGCGAGGCGCAAGGCGCCGCGUUCCGCGCCGCGGCGGCGGAGCGCGCGGCCGCCGUCGAGCGCGGCCUCGCGGCGCGCAGAGAGUACGUCGCCAAGUACGCCUCGGCCAAGGGCGGCUGGGCGUCGGAGGUAGCAGAGAAGAAGACGGCGCUCGAGGAGGCAAAGGCGUCAGAGGCGGCGCUCAAGGAGCAGAAGGAGGCGGCGGAGGUGGUCGAGCGGGCGAUGCAGGACGAGGAGCGGAAGCGCAGGGAGGUGGAGGAGGCGGCACGCGCCGCCGCGGAGGCGGAGCGAAGGGCGGCUGAGGAAGCCGCGCUCAACGCGACGCGCGCGCUCCUCGAGCGGUGCACCGCCGAGGUCAGCCCCGACCCCGAGGCGCUCGCCGCGUGCCCGCCCCCGACCGAGGCGGAGCCGGCGGCGGAGGAAGAGAAUUCGUUGUUUGGCGACGACGACGACGAGGACAGCGGGGACGCGGCGGCUGCAGAGGCAGAGGGCGGAGGGGAGGCGGCGGGCGAGGCGGCGGGCGAGGCGGUGGGCGCCGCGGCGGACGCCGCGGCCGACGGCGCGGCGACCGCGGUGGCUUCUACGGUUUGCGUCGGCGGGUCGCUCGGUCCGGGGGGAGGAGGGAAAGAGUUCGGCUCGCGCUGCCACGCGGUGGCGUCGGGGUACCGCGGCGAGUGCGAGGAGCUCAUCGUGGAUGGCGCGUGCCCCCCCGAGGUGAUGGCCGAAGACUGCGACUGCAAGCAGAGAGCGGGCAAGGCGUCCGCCGUACCGUGCUACUGCGCCUCCUGCAGCGACACCGCCCUGUGCACGCACUGCGAGACGUGCGGCCCGCCAGCGCCCGAGUGCGGCCCAACCGCCGGCAAGUGGGGCUGCUACGGCGUUCUCGGCGCGGCGCCCGCCGCGGAGGCGGAGGCGCCGAGCCUGCGCGCACUCGCGCACACCGACUCGCACAGCGCGCACGCACGCUCGCUCGCAAACAACUCACUGCUCACCUCACGCACCGGGGCUUGCCCUUUGCCCCCACUGGCGUGA